UUUUGCUAGUCUUUUCGUUCUCCCGAUCCAUCCAAGUGUUACCACGUGAAAGAAGAAGUGACCUUCGGCGACAAGAUCAUCACGGAGAUUUAAGCUCCAGAAGUGAUUAUUAACACACGCCCACUGUGAGCUCCAAACAUGGAAGAUCAACACUCAAAAAAGUCCACCCUCUUUCGUUCACCUUUCCGUUGGGGUUUUGUCCUGAUGUUACUCAUAGGAUUGAUGGUGAUGUUUCUAAAUUUUCAAUGGAUGAAGUUUGGAGGUGAAACAGAUGGAACAUGGAAGAAAUAUCCAGAUCCAAAGUUUAAUCACACAGCAGAGCAGCUAAAGGAGGAAACUACGUCAUCUUGGACUGACAGUCUUUUAAAAUGUGGCUAUCAAAUUCACAGCUUCACCCCUGAAGAAAGAUCAGAGGGUGUGGCUCUGAUCAAAAUGAUUGAAUGGCCAAAGCCUCCCAGCCCUAAUGUGCCUUUUCAGAAAAGCAGUGACCCAUCACAUGCAUAUUUUGUUAUUUUAAAUUCCGGAAAGACUGUCUAUGUUGGAGAUCAGUUACAGGUGAUGGUGCGUAUGUAUGAUUUUGAAGGAACUCCGAAGCAGUACGGGGGUGACUAUCUCCAAGCCCGGAUCCACACUCCAGAGUUGAAAGCUGGUUCGGCAGGAAUGGUUACAGAUCACCAAAAUGGAACUUAUCACAUCAAUUUUACCUUAUUCUGGCCAGGAGAAGUCCAUGUGUCUGUUUCUUUGGUACAUCCCAGUGAAGGGGUUCAAGCCCUUAAAAGAAUACGGAAGGAAAACCCAGACAGAGUGUAUUUUAAAAGCACUUUCAAAUCGGGGAAUACCUUGCAGACCACUGUGUGUAAUUUCUGUUUGUCUCAAACUAAACCACUCUGUAACUUUACUGAUCUCAGAACUGGGGAGCCCUGGUUCUGUUACAGACCAGAGAAGCUACCCUGCUCAUCUCGUGUCAACCAUGAGAUGGGAGGUUAUAAGAAGAACCUCUUAAUUGGAGAAGAAUUGCAUUAUUUACAAAGCCAAAAAAAUAUCAAGAGGCCAAUAUUACCCAAAGAUCAAGGUUAUGUAAUUGUAAAGCCUUCACCUCAUUCAGGCAAAAAUCUCAGUGAAUGUCUCCCUGGCAAGCCAUUCCUUUCACCAGCUGGAUUUUAUUAUCAGGAUAAAUGGAUAUCAAAGACCUGUAGGCUUCAAAACUUUGACACACCAGCAAAUGUUAUCAACUGUCUUCGUGGGAAAGUUGUUUAUAUCUUUGGAGAUUCCACUAUACGCCAGUGGUUUGAGUAUUUGAUACAUUUUGUACCAGGCCUCAGAAAGUUCGAUCUGGGCCACUCAUUGAAAACUGGACCCCAUCUUGCCCUGGAUGUGGACAACAAGAUCAAGAUAGAUUAUUUUGCGCAUGGGAAACCAAUACGCAUCCAGCCUAUAUCGAGUCAGGACCUGCAAUUCAUUGCAAAUAAAUUGGAUGACAUUCAAGGAGGAAAGAACACAGUUAUAGCCUUCACGAUCUGGUGCCAUUUCAAUACUUUUCCGGUGGAGCAUUACAUCCGACGACUACAGAACAUUCGGAGGUCAAUUCUACGCUUGCUGGGUAGAAGUCCUGAUACAGUAAUUGUAAUAAAGACAGCCAAUGUUCAGGCCCUUUCACACUGGGUUAGUCUCUAUAAUAGUGACUGGUUCUCCUACCAGCUUGAUUUAGUGAUGAGAAGGAUGUUUGAGGGCGUCAAUGUGGCAUUUGUGGAUGCAUGGGAGAUGACUCUAGCCCACUAUCUGCCACAUGAACUACACCCCAAGGAAAUCAUCAUCAAGAAUGAAGUAUCUGUGUUCCUUUCAUAUGUGUGUCCUUUGAAAAAGGGUUAAAUGCUACCUGAACCUUUUUCAUCCUGAGAAUGCUAUAUGUUUAUAAUUUGAAUUCCAAGAACAUUUUUUUUUAAUUAUGUCAUUCAGGUCCUUUAAAAUAUCAAAAAAAUUGAA